GGCCGCCGAAGCCGCGGAACGUGGGCUCGCGCCCCGCCUUUGUCUCCCGGGCGCGAGCCGCCGCAGCCCCGCGCCGGCCGCCAGAGCCGCUUUGUGCCGCGGGCCGCGGGGGACGAGGACGCGGGGCGAGGAGCCGGCGGGCACAGCCUCAGCAUGGACGUGACGGUCUCCGAGCUCAUGGAGCUCUUCCUGCAGAGCCCGCUGGUGACCUGGGUGAAAACUUUUGGCCCAUUCGGAAGCGGCAACCAGGACAACCUGACAAUGUACAUGGAUUUAGCGGACGGCAUCUUUUUGAAUCAGAUCAUGUUGCAAAUAGACCCCAGGCCGACCAAUCAACGCAUCAACAAGCACGUCAACAACGACGUGAACCUUCGCAUUCAGAACUUGACCAUCCUGGUUCGCAACAUCAAGACCUACUACCAGGAAGUUCUCCAGCAGCUGAUCGUAAUGAAUUUGCCCAAUGUCUUGAUGAUUGGCAAAGACCCGCUGUCUGGGAAGAGUAUGGAGGAGAUUAAGAAGGUGCUGCUGCUGGUGCUGGGCUGUGCUGUCCAGUGUGAGAGGAAAGAGGAAUUUAUCGAAAGAAUCAAACAGCUGGACAUUGAGACCCAGGCGGGGAUCGUGGCACACAUCCAGGAGGUGACCCACAACCAGGAGAACGUGUUCGACCUGCAGUGGUUGGAGCUCCCGGACGUGGCCCCGGAGGAGCUGGAGGCCCUAUCCCGGAACAUGGUCUUUCACCUGAGGAGGCUCAUCGACGAGCGAGACGAGUGCACGGAGCUGAUCGUGGACCUCACCCAGGAGCGGGACUACCUCCAGGCGCAGCAGCCGCCCAGCCCCCUCAAGUCCUCCAGCGCCGAGUCCACCCCCAGCCCCACCAGCAGCCUCUCCAGCGAGGACAAGCAGCACCUGGCCGUGGAGCUGGCGGACACCAAGGCCAGGCUGCGCCGCGUCAGGCAGGAGCUGGAGGAGAAGACAGAGCAGCUUGGGGACACCAGGCAUGAGGUGGAUCAGCUGGUGCUGGAGCUGCAGAAAGUCAAACAGGAGAACAUCCAGCUGGCAGCUGACGCGCGGUCUGCUCGCGCCUAUCGCGAUGAGCUGGAUUCCCUGAGGGAGAAGGCGAACCGCGUGGAGAGGCUGGAGAUGGAGCUGGUGCGCUGCCGGGAGAAGCUGCACGACGUGGACUUCUACAAGGCCCGCAUGGAGGAGCUGAGAGAAGAUAACAUCAUAUUAAUUGAAACCAAGGCCAUGUUGGAGGAACAGCUGACUGCCGCUCGGGCCCGGGGCGAUAAAGUUCACGAACUGGAGAAGGAGAACCUGCAGCUGAAAUCGAAGCUUCACGACCUGGAACUGGUAUUGCAAGCUGUUGUCCCACAGACCUGUCUGCAGAGAUUGGGGCAGUUUCAGGACCGGGACGCGGACAAGAAGCGGAUUGAGGAGCUGCUGGAGGAAAACAUGGUUCUCGAGAUUGCACAGAAGCAGAGCAUGAACGAAUCGGCCCACCUUGGCUGGGAGCUGGAGCAGCUGUCCAAGAACGCAGACCUGUCCGACGCCUCCAGGAAGUCCUUUGUGUUUGAGCUGAACGAGUGCGCCUCCAGCCGCAUCCUGAAGCUGGAGAAGGAGAACCAGAGCCUGCAGAGCACCAUCCAGGGGCUGCGGGACGCCUCCCUGGCGCUGGAGGAGAGCAGCCUCAAGUGCGGGGAGCUGGAGAAGGAGAACCAGCAGCUCAGCAAGAAGAUCGAAAAGUUACAGACCCAGCUGGAGAGAGAGAAGCAGAGUAACCAGGAUUUGGAGACCCUGAGUGAGGAGCUGAUCAAAGAGAAAGAACAGCUGCAGAGCGACAUGGAGGCCCUGAAGGCUGACAGAGCCCGGCAGAUCAGAGACCUUGAGCAAGAGAAGGACCAUCUCAACCAGGCGGUGUGGACACUGCGGGAGAGGUCACAGGUCAGCGGGGAGGCCCGCGUGAAGGAUGUGGAGCAGGAGAACAGGGCCCUGCAGCAGAAGGUGGCAGAGGCCGGCGGCCGGCUGAACCGCCUGGAGCUGGAGCAGCAGCAGCUGCAGCGGGCCUUGGGGCAGGCGCAGGAGAAGGCCGGGCGGGCAGAGGAGCUGGAGCAGGAGCUGCGGCGGCUGGAGGAGGAGAAGGGGCAGCUGGCGCAGAGGGUGAGCUCCCUGCAGGCGGCGGGUGAGCGGGCAGAUGGCCUGGAGCGAGAGAGCCACGGCCUGGCGCUGGAGAACCGGCAGCUGCGCAAGUCGCUGGACGCCCUGCAGAACGUGUCGGUGCAGCUGGCGGGCCUGGAGCAGGACAACAGGCAGCUGGAUGAGGAGAACCUGGAGCUGCGCCGGAUGGUGGAGGCCAUGCGCUUCACCAGCGCCAAGAUGGCCCAGAUGGAGCGCGAGAACCAGGAGCUGGAGCGCGAAAAGCAGGAGCUGCGGAAGAGCGUGGAGCUGCUGAAGGCGCUGGGCAAGAAGUCGGAGCGCCUGGAGCUCAGCUACCAGAGCCUGAGCGCCGAGAACCUGCGGCUGCAGCAGAGCCUGGACAGCGGUGGCCAGAAGGCACAGGCCCUGGAGCGGGAGCUGGGCCAGCUGGAGGCCGAGAACCAGGCGCUGCAGCGGGACCUGGAGGCCCUCCGGCUGGCCAACCGGCAGCUCGAGCGCUCGGACAAGGAGCGGAAGGCGCUGGAGCAGGAGGUGGCCCAGCUGGAGAAGGACAAGAAGCUGCUGGAGAAGGAGGCCAGGCGGCUCUGGCAGCAGGUGGAGCUCAAGGACGCCGUCCUGGACGACAGCUCGGCCAAGCUGUCGGCCGCCGAGAAGGAGAGCCGCGCGCUGGACAAGGAGUUGGCCCGCUGCCGGGACGCGGCCGGCAGGCUGAAGGAGCUGGAGAAGGACAACAGGGACCUCACCAAGCAGGUCACCAUGCACACGAGGACGCUGACCACGCUGAGGGAGGACCUGGUGCAGGAGAAGCUGAAGAGCCAGCAGCUGAGCAGUGAGCUGGACAAACUGAGCCAGGAACUGGAGAAGGUCGGCCUCCACAAGGAGCUGCUGCUGCAGGACAAUGACGGCAGUGGCGACACGAGAUACAAGAUUUUGGAGAGCAUAAAUGAAUCAGCAGUAAAAACAACACUAGCCAUGAAAGAAGAAAAGAUUGUGCUUUUAGAAGCGCAGGUGGAAGAGAAAGCCAGCCUGAAUCAUCAGCUCCAGAAUGAGCUCCAGGUGCUAAAGAAGGAGUGUGAGGUCCUCCGGCAGAGCCAGGAAGAGGGGAAGCCUGCACCCAACUCUUUCAAACACCCCGAGGGUCACCCGGAGAAGGAGCCAUGGGGGCCCGGCCACAAGGAGGCCACCAUGGAGCUGCUCCGCGUGAAGGACCGGGCCAUCGAGCUGGAGCGCACCAACGCGGCUCUGCAGGCGGAGAAGCAGCUGCUCAAGGAACAGCUGCAGCACCUGGAGACCCAGAACACGGCCUUCAGCAGCCAGAUCCUGACGCUGCAGAAGCAGAGCGCUUUCCUGCAGGAGCACAACACCUCACUGCAGACGCAGACGGCCCAGCUGCAGGUGGAGAAUUCCACUCUGAGCUCCCAGAGCGCCUCGCUCACCGCACAGUACGCGCUGCUCCAGAACCAGCAGACGGCCAAGGAGAGUGAGAACGAAAACCUGCAGAAGCAGCAGGAGCAGCUGACAGCCGCUUACCAGGCGCUGCUGCAGGACCACGAGCACCUGGGCGCCCUCCACGAGAGGCAGUCCUCAGAGUACGAGGCCCUCAUCCGUCAGCACAGCUGCCUGAAGACGCUGCAUCGCAACCUGGAGCUGGAGCACAAGGAUCUGGGGGAGAGGCACAGUGACCUGCUGAAACACAAGGCGGAGCUGGACGAGCUGGAGAAGGUUUUGAAGGCUGAGCGAGAGGCUCUGCAGCAGGAGCAGAGGGCGAGCGCCGUGGCCACGAGCGAGAACCAGAGGCUGCAGGAGGAGCUGGACAGGGUGAAUUUCCUGCACCAUCAACUGAAGGGGGAGUACGAGGAGCUGCACAGCCACACCAAGGAGCUGAAAACCUCACUCAACAACUCUCAGCUUGAGCUGAACCGCUGGCAGGCCCGGUUCGACGAGCUGAAGGAGCAGAACCAGAGCAUGGACAUCUCGCUGACCAAGCUGGACAACCACUGUGAGCUGCUCUCUCGCCUCAAGGGGAACUUGGAGGAAGAAAACCACCACCUCCUGAGUCAGAUCCAGCUGCUGAGCCAGCAGAACCAGAUGCUCCUAGAGCAGAACUUGGAGAACAAGGAGCAGUACCACGAGGAGCAGAAGCAAUACAUAGACAAGUUAAAUGCCUUACGGAGACAUAAGGAAAAACUGGAAGAAAAAAUCAUGGAUCAGUACAAGUUCUAUGAUCCUGCUCCAAAGAAGAAAAACCACUGGAUUGGAGCCAAAGCCUUAGUCAAACUCAUCAAACCAAAGAAGGAGGGUUCCAGAGACCGAGUGAAGUCAACCACAGACAGCCCGCCCCCGCAGCUGGAGUCCCCAGACCCCACCUCGACACCCGCUUCUCAGCCUCUCAGAUCUCAGCCGGAGAAUCCCGAGUCCACCCCGUCGGGCUCCAGCUGUGCAGACGAGCAUGAUGCCCACAAUGGGCCCCUGGGAAAAGGCCCUGGGGACCUAAAGCCAAAGCGAGCGUCCCCGCACAGAGGCAGCCUUGACCGCAAGGACGCCUCUGCCGACCCAGCCGUGAAGCUCUGGCCCGUGGAGCUGGGCCCCCGGCCCUGUUCGACCUCAGCCAUCAACACAACCCCUUCCAGCUCCACCCCCAUCUCCCGGCACCCAGGCCGCACCAAAGGCUAUAAUUCCGACGACAGCCUCUGCGAGCCGUCCCUGGAGCUCGAGUUCGCUCACCAUAGGCAGUACGCGUCCAGGCCAGGGAGCUUGGAGAGCAGUAGAAAUGCAUCCAGCGACAGCUCACCUCUUAACCUGAAAGGUUCCUCCGACCAGCUCCACCGCAGGUCCGAGAGCUUCAGCAGUGAAGACCUGAUCCCCAGCAGGGACACGGUCCCUGCCAGCACCCCAGGGCGCCCCGCCCUUGGCCGCCAUGAGUACCCCCCACCCCGGAACGGGCCUCUCCCCCAGGAAGGUGUCCAGAAGAGGGGUGCUGCCCUGCCCCAUGGCGGGGCGCGGCCCUGCUCCGCCUCCCCAAGUAGUGAGAUGGUCACCCUGGAGGAGUUCCUGGAGGAGAGCAACCGGGGCUCCCCGUCUCCCGAUGCUCCCAGUUGCCGGGAUGACCUGCUGAGCGACUACUUCAGAAAGGCUGGUGAGCUCCCGGGCGUCGGCGGCCAGCCAGGCCCACCUGCCAGGAAAGAAGGGGCCAGAAUGCCCACCAGCCUUGUGGCCCCCACCGUUAAGGUGGCCAUCACCGCCUCUGAGGGGAAGCUGCUGAAGCCCGGGCAAUACGUGAAGCCAAACCUCAGACCUGCUGAGGCCGAGGCCCCGCCCAGUGCCCCCCAGAGGCCAGCGCAGCCCCCCCAGAGCCUGUCCCUGGGCAGGCCCCGGCAGGCCACCAUGCCCCCCGCUGCCCACGCCCCUGCCGGCCGGAGCGCAUCCCUGAGCCGGGCCUUCAGCCUGGCCUCCGCCGACCUCCUCCGGGCCAGCGGGCCGGAGGCCUGCAAACAGGAGCCAGGGGGCUCCGACUCCUCGGGGGGCAGAGAGACAGGUGGCCACGGCUUGCAGAGCCCCGGCUCCCACAGCCUGGCCCGGGAGCGGACCCCACUUGUGGGAAAGGCUGGUGGCUCCUGCCAGGGCCCCGGCCCCCGGAGCCGGCCACUGGACGUGAGGCGCUUCUCCCUGGCCCCCCCGAAGGAGGAGAGGCUGGCUCCCCUGCAGCAGUCAGCCACGGCCCCAGCCCUUGCGGCUGGAAGCGGCAGCAGCAGCUCCCAGCUCCAGCACUUCCCACCUGCUGCAGCCCUGGCCGCCAGGACUAAGCCCCCAGCACCUUCCCACCUGGGGGAGGCAGCCACCAUCGUCCCUGUCCGGACGGGGCUCAGCCCCUCGGAGGGGGACGGGGCCCCAGGGCAGGGCCCCAGCGAGGGCCUCCCCGCCAAGGGCUCAAGCAGGCCUCCCGACCUGGCCCCCCACGGCAGCCGGGCCCCCGAGGACUACAGUCGUGGGAGCAGCACCAAGAGCACGCCAGCGUCCCCUGAGCCUGGGGACCAGAAGACGGUGUGGUACGAGUACGGCUGUGUGUGACUUGGUCCCGGACCCGAGGCUCCUGAACCGAAAAACUACUGACGCACCUUCCCCCCUGCGCCUGCGGUGCCAGGAAAGGGUUUUAGGAGGAAAGGGUUCCCGUGCAUUUCUUCUGUGUUGUUAUUACUUCACUGUGCCAAGCCCUGGGAGGACUGCACCCCCCACUGGGCACCUGUCUCUGCAUCUCUAGCCUCCGGCAGCUGGCAUCUUCUGAACAAAUCCACUUUGGCAUGGGGACACUCAGAACUGACCCCAAAGCAGACACUAUAUGAGUGCACCCCUGUAGAACACUCAUUUGCAACUUGCUGACCUCCACUGAAACAUGCAUGAAUGUGGGCGUGGGCAACCACACACACACACACACUCACACUCACACACUCACACAGGGCUGAGUCCCAGUGGGUCUGAAAACUACUCCCUUCCCAAAAGCCAUUUGAUCCUAGCAGCCCAGCCUGGCCAAACGACAAAGGUCUUGAGGGCCUUGGGCGGACCCCAGAGGCAGGCUCACUGUUGAGAGCCGGGAGCGCUGCCGCGCCACUGCUGGGGUCCCGAGCACUUCCCUACACCCCAGAGCCAAGGUGGCCUCCAGGCUGGGGCCUCUGCCUAGGGCGUUUGCCUCCCCAACCCCGCAGCUGCCCCUGGGCUCUGCACGGAGGGCUCCCGACGCCAGUCGGACCCCUGCCUUCAGUGGCUCCCUUGUUUGGAAACACUGGAUCUGCUGGGCCGGGGGGAGGGGCAGAGAGGAGCCCCCGGCCCAGCGAGUAUACAUAGUGUACAGAGGGGAGGCGUGUGCGGGGCGAGGUGCACGCUCCGUUUGUGACGUGGCUGCAGCGCCCCCACCUCCCUGUCUCAGGCGAGAUGUUGAUUUAUUAUUUCUGAGUAACUGCUCAUGGUAGAAACCAAAUUUCUUUUAAUAUAUUACAUAUGUAUGUACACACUCAUGUGAAAUAUAUGUACUUCGAGGGGGUCUAUUUAUGUUCCAUUGGGAGUUAUUCUUUCUUCUCCAGAAUCUCACCUGCUGCUUUGUGUAUUUGGUCAGAUUCCUGGCACGUUUCGUUUCCUGUGGUUUAGUAAAGGUGCUUCUCCUGGGAUGUACUAAA